AGCAAAUACUCUCUCUCAGAGCGCUUAAUUCGAACCAUCGCUGCCAUCCGUUCCUUCCCACAUGAUAAUGUAGAGGACCUCAUCAGAGGGCUCCAUCCAAGCUUUCUCUCCAUGUACUGAGGGAAGGCGGAGACGGCAAGCAAAGCAGGGCGGGUUUCCAUCUCCUUGAGAGCCUUUCUUCCUGUCUGGGCUUAAUACCAUAAAGAGAGUCCCUGUGCCUUCUGUUUUCAGAAAAUCUAGCACUUCUGGUCCUCAGUGAGGCCCAGAGGCAGACUUCCUUAUGGAGAAACUACUGGGGGAGCAGAUGUGAACUGUACCCACGGCACGCUGAAGCCCCUGCACUGUGCCUGUAUGGUGUCAGAUGCCGACUGUGUGGAGUUGCUCUUGGAAAAGGGAGCUGAGGUGAAUGCCCUGGACGGCUACAACCGAACUGCCCUCCACUAUGCAGCUGAGAAGGACGAGGCUUGUGUGGAGGUCCUGCUGGAGUACGGUGCAAACCCCAACGCGCUGGACGGGAACAGAGACACCCCACUUCACUGGGCGGCCUUUAAGAACAACGCCGAGUGCGUGCGUGCCCUCCUGGAGAGCGGGGCCUCCGUUAAUGCCCUGGAUUACAACAAUGACACGCCACUCAGCUGGGCUGCCAUGAAGGGAAACCUGGAGAGCGUCAGCAUCCUCCUCGACUACGGGGCAGAGGUCAGGGUCGUCAACCUGAAAGGCCAGACACCCAUCUCCCGCCUGGUGGCUCUGCUGGUCAGGGGACUCGGAACCGAGAAAGAGGACUCUUGCUUUGAGCUCCUCCACCGAGCUGUUGGACACUUUGAGCUACGGAAAAACGGCACCAUGCCCCGAGAGGUGGCCAGAGACCAGCAGCUGUGUGAGAAACUGACCGUUCUGUGCUCGGCCCCGGGCACGCUAAAGACCCUGUCCCGCUAUGCCGUGCGCCGCAGCCUGGGGCUCCAGUACCUGCCAGAAGCAGUGAAGGGCCUCCCCCUGCCAGCUUCCCUGAAGGAAUACCUGCUGCUCGUAGAAUAGCUUGGAGGGGGCGCUUGUACCACCGAGGGGGCGACUCCUCCGAGUGAGGGGUGCCCCGUGGACUGUGUCUUCGGUAUGGAAAACAGGACAAGCAGCCACUGCUGCUGCGCAGUUUAUCAUUUGGCGGCAACGUGUCAGAACAAUAACCCACACGCCACCCCCUUCUCCAAACCAGCCAACCGAUCAAACAACAUAACCAGGAAAAAAAAAAAAGGCCCUCACUCUUGUUUUCUGUUUAUUGCUUGCUUGCUUUUUCUAUUGCACCCUGUGAAAGAGCAGUCUGCCUUGUCCUCCCGUCCCUCCCUCCAGGGAAAGACUCGCGAACGGUGCGAUUGCAUUUCUCUAGGAAUUCAAAAAGCGUUUAAAGCAUGUGUUUGAUUUUCCCCGGACCAUUCUUGGUCUGUGACGAGUUUAAGAAAACACAAUGCCAGUGAACAUCUGGUUUUGACCCAGAGACGAAGGUCUCUGCGGCCUCUAGUGGUGUGCAGAGUCCGAUUGGGCCCAAAGACCUCCCCGACCCCCGAGAGCCACGUCACGGGCAGCCCCAGCCCCAACCCCGUCCCUGGAGACUGCGGGCUUCACUCUUCCCCCGUCUGCCCAGGCUGCAGUGGUUACUGUAAUGCUUCCCACACGGUCCACGUCGCUCCCCUCCCUCAAACGGAGUUUGCUCGAAUGGGACUUAGCAGGCAUUUCUUGCACCUCGUUGUAGAAAAAGGCAUUUGCUCUUUCACUUUCCAAGGGUCUCCUCCAUUCUCCAUGGAAAGCUAAUUUGCCCUGCUAAGAGGUGGGGAUUGUUUUUCAUUUCAUUGUUUUGGAAACUGCUUUUUAUCAGUCUGCACAAGACUUGGGGGUUGGGGGUGGGUGUAGGCUGGGUAAGGAGUGGGGGAACAGUUUUUAAGAGUUUCUUUUGAAAUGACCCAUCUACCCUCUUAAAAGAUUUCUUACAGUCAACAAUAUGAGGGGGCUUCAAUUUUUGUGGGGGGAAAAGUGAAUAGAAUUCUCCCACAAACUUAGCUACAAUACUCCUCCAUAUUCCUAAACUAGAUCAAGUUGUUACUGGUCUUAGAUGGCCAGUUACAAAUUAAAAGAAUAAAUAAAUAAAGCUAUAAAGAAAAUGAAUGUGUUGACACUAAUUUCAUAAAGUAUGUCUGGUUUUGACUUUUUGCUGUUGUGUUUUGCCCACUUCAGUAAAUAAAUAUUUCUAAAACCAGG